AUGUCCUGCACGACUGCGACACGAGAGGAGCACGUGACGGCGUCUCUAGCGACCAGCGCGUCGAUCACUGCAGCUGCUGCUGGUUCAGUAGAAGCUCCAGAAGCUUCCGCUUGCCACGACGCAGCAUUUGCGUCUUCUUCGAGCGCUGUACCGAUCAAGAAGAAGGUGUUGCACCUCGUCAUUGACUCUGGUGCGAUCAUUAAAGGCGCAAAUGUGACGGAGCUAGCAGAGAACUUUUGGACUGUGCCGGAUGUGCUGGAUGAAAUCCGAGACAAGAAAUCACGCGCCUUGUUGGAACGACUGCCAUUCACUUUGCAGACUCGGGAGCCGUCAGCCGAUGCGAUGAAGGCGGUGAUCCACUUCUCCCGCAAAACUGGCGACUUUUCGUACCUGUCGCUCACGGAUCUGCGCGUUAUGGCGUUGUCGUAUCAACUCGAGGUCGAGGCUAAUGGCUCGGAUCAUUUGCGUUCGAGUCCCGAGCGCUCACAGACAGUUAUGCGCGAUGCAAACGGCAAGAUCGUUGGUGGUUCGCAGACUGCGAUUCCGUGCAAGUAUUUUGGCUCGGCCAUCGGGUGCAAGUUUGGGUCCGCGUGCCGAUUCACACAUGACGAAGCAGCUGCACGUGACGAGGAGGGUGCGGAGGCACUUUUGGCGAAGAAGAUUGAUGUGCCGUGCCGUUUUUACAACACUACGGAAGGAUGCAAGUACGGCGACGAGUGUUCGUUUUACCACGAUCCAACAGCGCAAACUGAGCAGCCAAUCGAAGAUACAGAUUCGACCGAGCUUAUUGCUGAGCACGUUGUCGGUGAAUCGAUCCGCAAUGCUGAUGUCAAGUCGCGUAUUAUGGGCAGGUUCGCGGCGUCAAGUAAUGCUGGUGCUGCCGAGGACGACGGCAAGAACUGGAUCACUAGUGACAACUAUGUCAAGUUCACAGCAUCUCCGUUUGGUGAUGGCAGAGGUCUCGAGGAAAUCACGUCGCGGCUCUCGGUGGCGUGUAUCACCACGGAUUUUUCGAUGCAGAAUGUGAUGCUUCAGAUGGGGCUUCGGCUGUUAUCGGCAGACGGCAUGAUUAUCAAGCGCGUAAAGCAGUGGAUUUUGCGUUGCAUUGCUUGCUUCACGACUUCUACGGAGAUGGAGCGUUUGUUCUGCCCCAAGUGUGGCAACAGCACAAUGGAGCGCGUGUCAUACAGUCUGGACCGCGAUGGCCACAUGACUUUUUACACACGCGCGAACCGCCCAACGAAACUCUCAGGCACCAAGUUCUCGCUACCCAAGCCCAGGGGUGGACGCAGCGGCGAUUUGCUGCUACGUGAAGAUCAGCUCUUGGUUGGCAUAUGGGGUCAACGGCAACGGCAACACAAGAAAGUGAUGCAGAGCGCUUUUGGUGAGAACGUAGCACACGACCUUGGCGUGAAAGCCGAGAAGCAAACUGGUAUUACUGUCGGCUAUGGGCGCAUGAACCCCAACGCACAGAAGGGUCGUGAACGUCGUGGUAAGAAGAAGCGCCAUUAG